AUGUCUGUCUACUCCACCCAGAUGACGCCUGUGCUGGGAAUGUCCGGUCCAAACGACAGAUCCUUCCUCGACGGCUACCGCUCGGCCUUGGCCGUCUUGUCUGGAACCAGUGACGGCGUCAGGGCGUCAGUGUUCAGCAGGAUCUAUCGCAAGCGCAGCUUCAGCGUGCGCCGCACCUUCAGCGAUUUAUUGGCGCGCUACUACGGAGCCGGAGUGGAGGUGCUGCCCAGCAACGCCUUGAAGGCUGCUCAGGUCAUCAACAACCAGGUGUCGGUGGCAACGCGCGGACACAUCAAGGACCUGGUGUCAAGUAACGACGUCGGGAAUGCUCAACUGGUGCUUUUAAGCGCCGUGUAUUUCAAGGGCACUUGGCUUUAUGGCUUCAAGAAGCACGGGCAGAAGCCGUUCUUGACGUCGGAUGGUGAUCGGCGGGUAGACAUGAUGAUGGUGGAGGCAGAGCUUGGCAUUGCCGCCCGACCACACUUUGAUGUCGUUGCGUUACCGUACCAAAACCAAGAUUACAGCUUGCUGGUGCUGCGCUCGCGCAGUCGCUCCAUGGCUGGCGUGACCCUGAUGCGGAAGUCUCUCGACGGCCUGAACGUGACCCGGCUACACAGUCAGCUACGUCAGCGAACCGUGCGUGUGGUGAUGCCGUCGUUCAAGAUCGAGGGUUUUUAUGGGAUGCCCUUCUACAUGAGAAGCCUGGGCAUCAAGCAGAUUUUCCAACGGGGGGCAAACUUCAGCGGCAUAUCGUCGGACAAGACCUUUGUCAGCGGUAUCAUCCAUAAGGCGGUGAUGGAGGUCAAUGAGGAGGGCACGACAGCUGCGGCGGCGACAGUGUUAUUUACAACAAGAAUCGGGAUUCAAACCGCGACCUUCGCUGCAGACAGGCCAUUUUAUGUCAUUCUCUACCACAAACGUGAAAAAGUCACCUUGUUUGCUGGACUAGUAGCUAAUCCUUGAGAGCACAGCAUGAUCAUUGGGUACGCCUUUGUUCCAUGUGCAUCCGCCAUCGUUGGUUUUAAUCACAUUUGUUUCAAACCGA